ACCAAAGCCAUUGCAAAAUAAUAAGAACCAUUCAAGUUUUAAAUUCCUACAAAAUAUCAAGUCUCUUACGUGAAAAAAAAAUCGUCAUGUAUUUCAAAUACGCUAAUAUCUUUUUAUUCUUGUUUUGUUUUUAUCAAGUAGCAAACGCAGCAAGAUUUACUGAUGAGCAACUGCGAGAAAUAUAUUAUGGCACCAAAGCGUUUAGUUUAAGACAGUUCAAAGCGCUCAAUUUGUUUGUUGGUGAAUAUUAUAAGAAUGGAAUAGUUCACAGGUUUGAAGUAAGAAAUUACUUAUCUAAGGACAAAAAGUAUGAAAAGUAUCAACUAACACCUGAAAGCAUGCUGAAGAUAACAGAAGAAUUUCCGCCGAAUUAUUAUGAUAUCUCAUUCGAGGAAUUUAAAGAAUUUAUGAAUAGAGUUGAUAAUUGGUCGCCUCUAAUAGCAAACGAAGCAGAGCCAAGAUUUACUGAUGAGCAACUGCAAGAAAUUUAUGAUGGCACAAAAGAGUAUAAUUUAAGAAAGUACCCAAGGCAUUCAAGUAAUUGGAGAGUUAACAUGAGGCAAGUACAAGAAUACUUAUCUGAAGACAAAAAAUAUGAAAAAUAUCAACUAACACAUGCAAAUAUGCUGAAGAUAACGGAAGAAUUGGGGUGGAUUUAUGCAGAUGUCUCAUUCGAUUACUUUAAAGUUAUUAUGAAUAGAGUUAUAGAGGAUUUAUAAAUUGGCCGUCUCUAAGCAAGGUUACAAAUUUACUACAACAUCCAACCGUCGUUCAGUGUAUUCCAAAAGAAAAACUAAAGUGUUUAAUUUCUCUCUUAAUAAAAAUCAUUUUACUAUGUUGAUAUCCUAUUUUUUAGUUUCUAUGUAUUUAUUUUAAAAAUUGUAAUGGGUGUGUGGGUUAUUUUUGUUGUUUUAAUCGA